CCCCUCCCUCCAUCCCACCAUCUCUGUCUGGUUGGAGACUGCGACUGUAGGCAGCCAGGAAGCUCCCGGGGACAACACACACACAUACAUACACACGUCCACUCGGCUGCUGCACCAUGAAGGCCAUUAUCCAGAGGGUUGCAAAGGCCAGUGUUACAGUGGGCGAGGAGCAGAUCAGCUCAAUCGGCCGAGGGCUGUGUGUGCUAUUGGGCAUUUCUGUGGAGGACACCCAGAAAGACAUGGAAUACAUGGUUCGCAAGAUCCUGAACUUGCGGUUGUUUGAAGACGAGAACGGCAAGCACUGGUGCAAGAGUGUGAUGGACAAGCAGUAUGAGAUCCUCUUUAUCAGCCAGUUCACACUGCAGUGCGUGCUGAAGGGGAACAAGCCCGACUUCCACCUGGCCAUGGGUGCUGAGCAGUCCGAGACCUUCUACACCAGCUUCCUGCAGCACGUCAGGAAGGCCUACAGUCCCGAGCUUGUUAAAGAUGGAAAAUUCGGAGCCUUCAUGCAAGUGCACAUCCAGAAUGACGGUCCUGUCACCAUUGAGCUGGAGUCACCUACAGGCCUUUCGGACCCAAGGCAGUUAACAAAAUUGGAAAAGCAGCAGCAGAGAAAGGAAAAGACAAGAACUAAAGCACCUUCGGAAUACACCAAGGAGAAAAGUUCCUCUCGCAGCAAGGAUGACCCCAGUGCCAGCAGUGGUGCGGACGGGGAUGUGUCCUCCGAGAGAGAGCCCUAAAACUCUCCGCCGUACACACUGGUAUGGCAGGUUUAAAGUGACUUUCUUUUGGGAACACUGCACUGGUUUAUGGAUCCCUCCUGAUUUCACGGAAUAUUUAAGCUGCAUUGACACCCCCCCCCCACCCACCCCCACCCACCCCCCCCCCCCAUCAUGCAAGGCAUCGCGAGAACGGAAGAGGAAGAGAAACAAAAUCAAAGACUUGGAUGAGCUCUCGAAACCCAAAAUGUCGCUGCAAAUAAAGUUGUUGAGAAUGAAGUCCCCCACGAAAUCUUCAGCCCCGAUCGCCCUAGCGAUCUUUGAAAAUUCCCUCUAGAAUAUUUGGAGUCGCUCUCCUUCCACGAGGAACAGCGAGCGUUGGUUUCCGCACUAGCUCCUAGCGGUACAGCACAACGUAGGGUUGGCUUUGACUUUUUGUGGAGCCAAUACUUCAAGCCAUGGAGCACAAUUAGUGACAACCAUCUCAGUCACCAGAAUGAAUCUCCGCCGAAGCAGAUUGAGGACUGACUACUCAAUGGUUGAGUUUGGCAUGAGAUUAAUUCUGCACUGCAUUUCUGCGUUAUUCGU